GUCCGAGAUCCCCCUUCACUUCUCCUUGCCACUUCACCACCACCAUGUCGACCAUCUUUGACCAGCAGAACUACUCACUCCUCGCCCCCAUCGCCGUUUGGGGCGUUGGCAUCGGUACACACAUUUAUGGCCUGAUGUCGCAAAACCUGUCAGGAACGGGCGAGUUUGACAAUGUCGCACCGAGAGCGUACUUGCAGAAGAUGCAGUCCAUCCCCAAGCCAUCUGCUCUCCAGCGUCGCGUUAUCCGAGCAGAGUCUGCUCAGAGCAACACGUUUGAGAACCUAGGCUUCUUUGCCGCUGCUAUCAUCGCGGGCAACGUCGCCAAGCUCCCCUCUUCGACGCUCAACAAGCUUGCAAGCGCAUACGUCCUGACGCGGGUGCUCUACUCUUUCGCCUAUGUCACCAUCGAAUCCGGACCGCUCUCUUACAUCCGCACCGUCCUCUUCUUCUCGGGUGCCGGCAUUUGCAUCACUCUCUUUGUCAAGGCAAGCGAGGUCUUCAAGAACGCUAUCUAUCUUCACGUUACUCAGUGGGCGAACAUGUCGUACUACAUUGGCAAGGCGGUCAAGCGAACGAGUAUCAAGCCGCUCUCUGCCCAGUCCAUCAACGCCAUCACCGAGCAGCUCAGUGAUAAGCAGACGGGCGAGUCAAGGCCUUGCUGUCCGCUAACAGCUGGGCCACCCGAAGAGAUCUGUCUCGCAUCCGAGACUGCGGAGCCCGAGCCUGUUGCUGUCAAUUCAGGCACGGCGUCGGAUCAACCUGGCGUGCCAACUCCUGAAGCCGGAAACGAGACGAUCACGCCACAGUGCGAGGAGCCAAAUGACGACAAGCUCCACGGUCAUGCGCUCGAUGGCCAACCUAGCCAAGUUGACUUGGACGAUUCGAUGACUCUGACGGAUGACGCGAUUGCCGUCUGGGGCUCGUCCGUCGUCAAGGGCCACGAAGAGCCACACGAAGAAGGCGAAGAGAUCCCGAACAAUUCACGAGCGAGCGAUUAUGCAUAUACACCCGUCGACUUGCCUGCAAUACCAUUACCCAUGCGACCCGCCAAAACGCCCUUGCGAGCACCGACCUAUCCUUCGACGUUAGCCCGCUCUGACAGCCUACGCUCGGGCUAUCCGAUAUCGCUUACCCGCCCUCUAGAGGAUGAUUGGCCUCGAUGCCGACAUGAAUCCGACAGAGCGCCGAACAGUCGAUAUCACCCUUACGCGUCAUACGCUCGCGAGACGCACCGCGACGCACACCGCAAUCAUCAAGUCAUCUACGGACCUCCCUCCUAUCGCUCUCGUUCGAGCUCGCGUGACCCACAUGAGGUCUACAUGCGAACGCCUGUCAGUCCAACGGUCCCUCGCGGAUCAGCAUCACCCGAACGCCACUAUUCGCCUCAGAUCACUCAAACAGCUGGUGUGACAGACAGCAACGUCCAUCUACCGACGACGGUGGAGCAACAACUCUACCUACGUCAGCACAACGGCUGUUUGCGUUGUCAUGCUUGCCCGGCCACUCAUCCGACACGAUCUUGCCGCGUUCCCCUGCCCCCUUACGAUCCGAUCCAUCUGCCUGACGGACCUCAGCAGCAUGCCAACCUUGGCCACUUGCCCACACCUGAGCGAUCUCCGGAAGCGUCGCUCUCCGUCCCCAAACCCGAGCGUUCCCACACCGAGCGCACGGAGACGCUCUGUGACCGACGCCAGAUCACGCCGCCCGAAGCGAACGAUCUCAGGCUAGAAAUCCAUCGCGAGACACUUCAGGAGCUCGCAGUCGCCUUGCGCUCAACGGAUGUCCAGACGAUGACGGAAGAAGACGGGCGCGAUCUUGUCGGCAUCCUCAAGACUGUCCUGGCAAUGCACAAAGAUCGCUUGAACGAAUGCAGAGCCAGCCCGACGAGUGCCUCGAGAGAAGUCGAAACGACGCUGCGUCGAGCAGAUAUGACUGUUCGUGCACUCGAUGCCAGCUCGAUCUCUCGUGUAGAAGCUAAAGCAGUCAUUGGUAUACUCAAUGGCCUUCGAUUGGGCAGCUAAACUCUCGUAUCUGUCCAUCAAACGUGAUCGAAUUCCAAGU